AUGUUUCAGACAUCGGUAUUAGAGGUUGGAAAAAGUGGGAAGAGCUAUGGCAUGGCUCAGUGCACUAGAGAUUUGAGCAUAUUUGAAUGUGGGAAGUGCUUGAAUACUUCAUUGGUGAAUUCUGAAGACAACAUUAAAAGCAAUAGAGAGUGGGAGAUUUUUCAGAAGGGUUGUAGCAUGUGGUAUCAUGAUUACCAGUUCUAUAACAUCUCAACUACUGUUAGUGCUGGAGCUAGAAAGUCAGAGCAUGGAGUUGUGGCUAGAAAGUCAGAGCAUGGAGUUGUGGUUGGCAUACUUGCUUUCUUGAUGUUCACAUAUCUGGUGGUGCUCUACUCAUUCAACUAA